AUGCCUUCACACUCUUCUCUUCCCGCAAAUUCUUCCUCAUCCGCUCUCACAAGAACAGGUGGUGACAGGCUUCUUGCAAAGAUGUUUGCAUCAUCCCGUUUCGUGCCCUCAAACUCGCACGGGUACUUCUGGGACGUUGAAGAGGUCCGUCACCAGGAGCACUUACGUCGUGUUUCACAUGCUCAGCAUCUAUAUCGGCAUCGCCACGACUCGGCCGAGGCAGCUAAAUUGUAUAGAAGCUUCAUGGAGGAGCAAAACGAAUGGAUGGAUGAGCAAGAGCGGAUGAAGGAGAUGGAGUUGAGGCUAUCGGUGAAGGCUUAUCAGCGACGAGCCUCCCGAUGGGAAAAUGAAUGGAGAAGGCUUGAGGAGGGCGGGAACGUGGAAGAAAUUCUGAAGUCCCGUCGGAAGUCUACUACUCUGUUGGUGACGGCUUCUUCGCAAUAUGGUUACCUGAGUUUUUCGAGUGAAGAAAAUAGCACCCAAGGGUUAUCGGAUCUUGUCAGUCCACGCAGUAUCAGUUCUCUUGAUCUCCCCAGUCCGCUUCUCUCGUUUCCCUGUUCUUCGUACCUGGUUUACCCUGAGGAUAUAAUACAGCAGAUGGAUGGGGCCCAACAUAGCAGGGAAAAGAAACCACCAAGUACUCCUAGAUUCUCUAAUUCUGGCGUUUUAGAUUUAAUUAAAACCUCAAUAAGAGAUGCAUACACCUUGGUACAGUCUCAAGAAAUUAGAGAUGAGCGCAACUCACAACCUGAGUCGUUAAAGUAUAGAGAUGGCCCUCAAAAGUCACUUAAUCCUUAUUCUGAAACGACAUAUAGCCCGAAAGACACACCAGCCUCUUCACAGUCCCGAAUUGUGUCACCCGAGCCGAAGCCACAGCCAGCGGGGUGUUAUACGAAGGACUUGAACUCGCGCAGCUCUGUUACGAGCCCAGGCUCUAGUAAUUAUAACUGGUCCCGAUCAGUGGUACCCCACUCGAAAUUAAAACAGGAGCAAACCCACAAGGAAUCACUGGCUAAUGGUGAAGUCCUCGGGAUUAUAAACCACAAUUUUCGAGAUAAUGGAAAUCUCCUUUACUUGAUCUCUUGGAGAUUGCGGAAUUCAAGUAUAACACCAGUGCAAUCUUGGGUUAGAGUCGCGGAUCUUUUUGAAGAUCCUAGGAGAUCGAUUCUAGAAGAAUAUCAUCGUCAACAUAACCUAGGACCAAUUCGUUGGCCACGAAAUCCUCGAAGACAGUUGAGGUCUUCAACCAGCUUCGGGGUCCGGGAGAUAAAAGCCGCUCUCGACGAACGUAAACUAGCGCUACUUGAACGCGGUGGCAGUAUUAUAGACGUUACACGCGAGCUAGACGGGGAGCGGUGGAAAAUGCGAGAUGAUUGGCAACGUGCAGGAAGGGGUUGGGGAUCUGCAAUCAUGGUUGUUGAAGAAAAGAAGAAGGCAUGGAGAAUUGCGGAUUUGGAGGCCGAGGACAGCUCCGUUCGCAAAAUAGGAGUCGCUCCAGUUAGAAGUCCUGGAAUGGAAUCUUCUGGUUAUGAAGGCAUGCUGAAAGCUGCUGGAAUAAUUGAUGUUACUGACUCCAGAUCACUAGAACUAAAAAUAUUAGAUUCGAGUUCGUUAAAUGGCAUCUCGACAUCUCCCCCUAAGAUCCCGACUGCACCGCUUGAGCUGUUAUUUGGCGGCGAAGUCUCUAGCCCGAAGUAUCACAAUGAACCUGAGCGGAAAUACGACGAUAAAACGACUCGGUUUAUGAGCACCAGUGAGGAUGAAAGAGAAUGGAGGGAACACUUUGGCUUAGAGCCAGGAUGCAUUGAGCCAACCAAUCUAUCUACCAGCACUCAGAGCGCUCGAGAAAUCGGAAUCUCGAGAGUGAGAUCUACACUUCGCACUUUGCCGAACACUCUGAACCUUAACCUUGCGCGGGCAAAAACACUGCCAGAAAUAGGUAAAGGGGCGGAAAGUCUCCAGGUUUUGGAUUAUGAGUGUCAAGGACCAACGAAUACAAUUCGCUCUUCGAGUUCAUGCCCAAAUCAGUCUUCGGCAUCAGAAUCUCAAACCUAUUUAAAGGCACAACGGAAAUCCCUGCUUUCACGCAUAUUAUCUCGCAGGCAGAUAGAAAGAGAAAAUCGUAAGCAAGCUGCUCGUCACAACCUUGAUGUCCAGACACGGGGGAGAGCUCAUGAAUCACUGGCAUUUCUUAAAACCAAUACAGAGCCUUUGAGUUUAUCUAGGAGCUGUGUACAAGCAAACCAGUCCAAUCGUUGCGCACUACCCAGCCCGUCUUCAUAUUCUUCAUUCGAAGUUGUUACGCCUAAGAAGAAGGCAGAGACAAAAAAGGGCUGGAAAGAAGUUAUGUGGGAUAAGUUAUAUUAUUUGCUGGCUCCUUCGAGCCAAAACCCUACUUCCCCGGGGAAAAGCGCCAGAAGGACAGUGAAUGACGAUAGAAGAGCACCAGAGAAACCAUUGUCACCAACCAAUGAGAGAAAAGGCAAAACAGGUGACCCAGGAUUUCAAAAUGAUGUUUCUGAGAAUUCAUGUCGGUAUCGAGGUGUUGAAAGCAGAUCUCCAAAUAUUGGGAUAAGCCUUUCAAGAUCUAUGUUAGCUGAAACCAUCACGAAAAGGACCGAGUCUUGGGCAGCUAGCAUAUUGCCUCCUUUACGCAAGAGCAAAUCCGAGGAGCCUGGAAGGCUGAGGUCGUACUCUGAGGCGCUAGGAGCUAUCUCUCUAAGAAACGAUACAGAAGAAUCCAGUAUCAAUCAAGCUCCAUUGCAGAUCCACAUUAGAGAAGAAGAAGCCGCCCCAAGUGAUUCAUACCAUAAUGCAACCCUCAAAGAGACUGGAAAGUUCAAGGGCAAAGGGAGGCUAGAGCCUAAUGAAAGUCCCAGAUUUGUGCGGUCUAUAAACCUUACCAGAACCCUGUCGCAGGAAAAAUAUCUAGCGGAAAGGCAAGCAGAAAGGCAAUUUCAGCGCGAUAAAGAACUUUUGAAAAUCAAAACUAAGAUGAGAAUGCGGAAGGAAAAAGCCGAUCAACGCGCCAGUGACCUUAAAAGGCUUAAUGAGCUGCGCGCGAAAAGAGCAUUUCCGUUUAGCAAGUGGAAAAAGACUAACCAAUUAGAGCUGGAUUUGUUGACAAAAAAGCUUGGUGUGGGAGUUGAUAGACUACCUGCGAAGGGAGUGUUGAAGAAUACUACAGUGGCAGACAUAAAGAGAAGGUCAGUUAUGCCAUCAACUGCGGGAGUCAGAAACCAACCAAAAGGGCGCUUCCCGAUUUGA